AUGUCCAAUCAUCUUGACUCACAAUUCUCACCGCCUGGAGACUCCAACAUAGCAUUGCAAGAAGCCAGUCAGACUACUGCUUCUCCUCUUUCUCAGUAUAAACGGCCCGAUGGCAUCAAGAAAGAGAAACAACGGGUUGAGGAAAGCGAAUUCCGGCGUCAAAAGUUGAAACUCCUCGAGAAAGCCACAAAGGAUGCCGACCAAAGAAUCACAGCAGCAAUGCGUCUGAAUGACAUUCAAGAGCGACUUGCAGCCACCGAAGAGCAGAACGCUGAGCUCAGGGAAGGAUAUUAUGGAGAAGAUCAGAAAUCCCCGCCCCUCCGCCUCAAAUGCUUUGGUAUUGACUUCGGCUAA